ACGCUACUUUAAAGUGAACCGAAACUUUUAACCGAGGAGACGCGUGCGGCCAGCGAACUCCGCUCCUGAAGUCACACGUUUCAGUUCAAGUUUCGAGGAUCCGGUUGUUAAAUCGCUUCGAUUUUGUUUUGUUUGUUUUGGACUCGAUCGAUUUUGAACAUGAACGGCUCAGCGCAGAUUACCAAGUUCGAUAACUCGGAAGAUCAUAUCGUGAAAAAAUCGGCACCGAUCCGUGUUCGCACUGUUUCGUGGCAGGAGGAGCCCCAGGAUGGGGAGUUGGACAUCGUUGGUACACCCCGCACGCCUAGAACAUCAACUACCCCAGGACACGAAAAAUGUACUUUCCACCACGAUUUGGAGUUAGACCACAGGCCACCCACGAGAGAGGCCCUCUUACCCGACAUGUCCCGUUCCUAUAGAUUACUAUUAACAUCACUAGGAGAAAAUCCUGACCGUCAAGGAUUACUCAAAACGCCAGAGAGAGCAGCCAAAGCUAUGCUUUUCUUCACCAAAGGAUACGAUCAGACAUUAGAAGAUGUUCUCAACGACGCUGUCUUCGACGAGGACCACGAUGAAAUGGUGGUCGUCAAGGACAUUGAAAUGUUCUCCAUGUGCGAGCAUCACUUAGUACCUUUCUAUGGGAAAGUUUCCAUCGGAUACCUGCCCUGCAAGAAGAUCCUUGGUCUUAGCAAAUUAGCCAGGAUAGUGGAAAUCUACAGUAGGAGAUUGCAAGUACAAGAACGUCUGACCAAACAGAUUGCUCUAGCUGUGACCAAGGCCGUCGAACCCGCUGGUGUCGCUGUUGUUGUUGAAGGAGUGCACAUGUGCAUGGUGAUGAGAGGUGUGCAGAAAAUCAACAGUAAGACGGUGACCUCAACAAUGCUGGGCGUCUUCCGCGAGGACCCCAAGACCAGGGAAGAAUUCUUGAACCUGGUUCAGUCCUAGACGUUCGCUUCUCGCUGAUCAAGACAAUACCGGAAACAAAGCUUCUAUUUUUGAUUAUUUAUUUUAAAUCUAGAAAUACGACUAAGUUAGGGUAUGAAGAAUUCUGUCUAACUGCUCGAAUUGAAGUAAAUAAGUAAUUGAACUUAUUGGUUCUUAGCUCUUAGUAUCGUAAUUUUAAUUUCAACGAAGUCGGUUUACUUAAUUUAAAACUUCACACGCCAACAAGACGCUUAUAUCCACCAAUAAGUAUAUCCGACUUAUUCAAAAUCUCGCAUCGUUGUUUGCUGCUGCAGUGACAAGUAUUCUUCGUGUGUAUAAAAGUGUUCAAAUAAAGUCUAUCUACGUUUUAAUUACAUGAUUUUAUUUUUCUGCUAGGAAUUUUCGUUAAAAGUAGAUUUUGUAAAUAUCAACUAGAUGAGUUACGACAGUUCAGUUCUCUCAGUGUAUUUAUUGUUUAAUAUUUUAUUCUGUGACUAUUAAUAAUAUUAUUUUUUAAUAAUAUUCUAUGUUCAUGAUAAGAAAUUGCAUGAAUAUUUAUACUUAACGUUUACGAAACCUGUGACCUGAGGCAAAUGAAGUGUCUCCUCCAAUACCCCGGCAACUGUGGGAAUUUUUAAUAUCGGGAAAUUGACAUGUUUUUUGAGAAACACUUAUCUUAGUUUCUUGCAUAUCAUUUAGCAAUGCGUUGAGCAGCUUGUCAAAAAAUGUGUCUUGUUGGUCGAAAAAAUUGUCUGCUACGUUGCGAGCGAUAGAGAAGAAGGUUAUUUCAAGGGCUGUGUCCAUCGCUCAACUUAUGACUCGUAAAAGCCUUAAGCAAAGUAGUCACUCAUUGCCAGAGGGCUCUAUAGAGGAAGCUUUCUAUUUGUCUUCAUACAGUCAAGGCUCACUACGAUAAUCUAGAGGUAUACCGACAUGACACCUUAAUAAAUCGGUAGUUGAAGGAAACGUACCUUCUAACUUCCAGACAAUCUUACAAGUUCGGAUGUACGUAAUAAAAUAUGCCAUAACUAACUGAACGUGCAUUCAUUAAAACAUGCAUACUCUAGGUAUCGUAUUCAAGUAAAUUCAUUAGGAUAAAGCCAAUCAUUCAAGAUAUAAAAUCAAUUUUGCUUUCAUAAUAUGGGCAGUGUCCUUGAAUCCUGUUCUUGUCACACAUUUGUAACUUGCACAACUCGCAAUAUUAUUCUCGUUUUCCUAUUACUGUUAUUUAUGAGGUGCGUAAUUAUACUCAAGCCAUUCGUAAUUCAUCUCAAUGUGUUGUAAUACUUGAAUUAUUUUAAUUAUUACGGCAUUAGAGCUCCUUCUCUGUGUCUGCUCUGUGGCAAUUUUUUUUGCAUAUAAUCGAUACCCUAAAACAGAUAAACAACUUUAGGAUCUAAUGAAAUUCACGGAACUGCUUUGAAUGGUUUGAUUGAAUCAUGCAGCUAGAGCUUUUUUAUCAAUAAUAUCGUACAACUUAUGAACAGUGCUUUUUUCAUGCUUUCUCGUUUUUUUCUUCUUUUUUUGAGAUCCACGCUCAUCGGAGCACACGAUUGAAUAUUUUAAAAGUACACGAUGGUACUAGUAAGGGCUUAAAUAAUUUAAUGUCAAACCUCCAAUCUUUUGUAAGCUAUUCUGAAAUGCCAAGAAAUUGUUGAUAAUAAAUGAACAAGUGAUGAAUAAUAUAUUUUUAUUUUUUUAAUUGAUUUUCAUUUUAAUUUGGCUUACUAAGAUAAGUCAGCUGUAUUCGUAACAAGAUGAUCAUUUUAUGUAGUGCAACUCCAAAUAAUUCUAAAGUGGGUUGUUACCAAAAAUUUAAGAAUCGAGCUGAAAGACAAAAACCUGUUAAGAGUUUGUGCAAAAACAGUGAGUUUCCCUCUAUCGAUUUGAAAUUUUGGACUUUUCAGAAAUUAAUAAUGACGUUUAAUAAAAUUAGCACAGCACUAAAAGCAGACAAAAUUUAUCCUAUCUUUCUGAAAUGAUAAUUGGUUCUGUGUGGCUGAGCACAAUUAUACUUUUUCUUGUAGGGGAAAAACUCGCCAAAUGUUUUUCCAUUUUUGAAGAUGAAUAUUAGUGCUUAAAUAUAUCACACAUCCAGUUGACAAUAUUCAAAUGGGAAAUUUGCGACAAUACUUAGAGAAAUAUUGGAGUACAUAUGUUUUUAGUUUUUAUAUAUUUAUAUUUGUGAAAAAGAACAGUUAUGUAAAAUUUCUGAGAUUUUUAUUUUGCAAUCUAAAAAUUAUACUGUUGCAUAUCUGUGUUGAUAAA